CCGGUUAGUUCAAGAAACUGUUUGACUGGCACAUAUCUUUCAGAGCAAUCAUACCAACAGUUCUUAUUUAUAGUACGAUAAAAUAUGCAGUUUUGUUUGAAUAUAUUUUUAUUAAAAUUGCGAAAAUAUCGAUUUUGUCAAUGUGAGAAGAUGUUUUUGUUUCUGCUUUUAGUUCAACAAGCGACAGUGAUAAGUGAUAAUGUACUUGAUAACUGUGAUAAGAACGAGAUCAAAGAGAGCAAAAAUUUGUUAACAGUGAAUCAAACGAUGUCCUUUUCGAAUUCAACUCCAGAUUUAACAUCGAAUGACUUAAAUCGUUCACAACUUGUUCCAUACACCCCAACAUCUCCAUCUUAUUCUAAUUUAUUAAUUGAAAAUUGUUGUCCACAAAAUAUCAAUAAUAAAAUAAUAACAAAACGUAAAAAAUCAAAAAAUAAACAUUUAAUUCCAUUAGCAAUGACAAAAAUAAAUGUUGUGAAUUAG